ACCCAAGCAACGAAAGUACAUUUUUCGACUCAUGAUGCUUUUUUGACUUCUACUACAUUAUUUUCAGUGCCACUUCGAUGUAUUUUAUCGCGGUCGUCGAUUGAUUCGGGAAGGAGAAGUUUUCAAACAAACUCGAAAAGAUCCCCAAGCACGCUAUCUUGUUCUUUUUUCUGACACGCUAUGGAUUUGCCGGGUUAUGUCGGGUUUCACUUCUUCUGGACUUUUCGACAUGGGACGCUCGUAUUCAAUUCCUAUAGAAACUGUUCGUACAGAGAUUAGUCCUCAUGAGGACUACGAGCAGGUUCUAUUCAUCAAAAGCAAAGUUAAAAGUGUCAUCUUGAUUAUGAGCAGUGCAGAAGAACGGCGUAAAUGGCAGAAAGACAUUGAAAAUGCGCGAGAAGAGAAACGUCAAUAUAAACGACGAAAGAGUGAAGCGAUACAACGUCAAAGGAGGCAGAGCAUGAACCCUUCAAUAUUUGACGCUCCUUUGAAUGAAGAAAGUAUUUCUUCUGAGCAGAAUACUCUUGAGGAUACCGCGUCAUUAAUUCUUCCAGCAACGACUGUUCCUGCUGCAAGCUGUAAUGGACAAUCCGCGACAACAUCGCGUCGGAACUCUGACUCACAAGAUUCUUCAUCUCAUCCAAGCACACCGGUUGAAGAGCAGCCUAUUUCUUCAAAUCAAGCAUCAUACAUUCGCAGAAAAAGAGCUGAUGUUGUUAAACCAGUUUGGAUUCCCGACGAGUCUUCGUCUAAAUGUCUUAUGCAAGGAUGUGGUACGGUGUUUUCUCUCAUAAAUCGACGGCAUCAUUGUCGCGAUUGUGGCUGGUUAAUAUGUUCUGCUUGCGUUGGAAAAGCUCCGCUUCCAAAGUUCCAUUUUAAGAAAGAAAUUGUGUGUCCAGAAUGUUAUGAGAAGUUGGAGAUAAUAUAUCGUUCUGGUACCCUGUUCCCAUCAAGCUUACUUGUUCAAGGGUCCGACGGUAUUCUGAGGGUUAAGGUGCCGAAAGAAGAUCGAACUUUAAUUGUGGAACCACAGACGCUUUUUGUUGCUCCCACCAAUAGGAAGUUGAAACGUAUUAAUAUUGAACAACGUACACUGCCAAGUAAGGUCAUGCUCAGGUGA